AUUUUGUUGUUAUUCAAUGUUUAAUCUUUUGCUGUCUAUAUAUUUUGACGAGCGCCAAAGCAUUGGUUGGCGAGAAUGUUAGACAAGCGGAAGAAAGAGAAUACGAAUUUGUCGUAUCAAUUAUGUUAACCCAUCGAAAUGAUAAUACUUUAUUGCAACAUUUUUGUACAGGAGCACUUGUCUCAAGUAGGGAUGUCUUAACUUCUCAACAUUGUAUGUUAAAUAAAGAUGAAGAGCGAAUAAGAGUACUUAUUGGAUCAUCUGAUUGGAGAUUGGCAAGAGUAUACAAAAUACUUUGGUGGUUCGGAUAUGAAAGUUGGGCCAGAUUAUUCCGUGUACCGAUAUUGCAUUCGGUUAAUGAUAUUGCCGUUAUAAGGUUAAGUCGGAAUGUAUCCGACGACAUACGACCGGGAAUUUUAACCACUCCGUCCAACACAGACUUAGUUAAUUUAGAUGUGUGGUUAGCAGGAUGGGGUAAAAAGGAAAAUGGGCAAAAUCCUAUAAUUAUGGAUGUAGUUCAAGUACAAGUGAUUUCUAAAGCCGAAUGUGAAAAUCGGGUUGGAACUUUACGAGGACAACAAGUUACGUUCGAGGAUAAUAUGUUCUGCACAGCUACCAAUCCGUUUGCUUUAGUGCAUCAGGGUGAUAGCGGCGGUCCAGUUAUAUAUAACAAUAUGAUUGUAGGAAUCACUAAAGGAACCUGUCCAUUUCCAGACGUAUAUAUUCAUCCGGAGAAAAUAAACGUUCACUUUGGUAUUGCAAACUAUAUAUCGUUUAUUAUGAGUAUUAUAAGGGAGAUUCCGUAAUUUUAUGAAUGCAUAUU